AUGAUCGCUGGCGAUUGUCCACCACCAAAAUAUGAAGAAAUUCCUAAGAAUGAUAACGACAAUUCUAACUUCACCGACACCACUACUGUUCCUUCGUUUCCUCCGCCAUUACCACCGUUAACAACAACAAACAUAACGAACACCAAUGAAAAUAUCGCUACUGCUAUGCCAUUCCGUGUUAACUUAAUUUCCUCAACUGCGCCUACUUUUGGACCGAAUCCCAUUGAAACCGAUUGUCCAUAUUGUCAGGCGCAUGUUGUAACAUCAAUACAAAGGAUAGUCGGUGCGUUACCGUGGAUUGUUAUGGGAAUAUGCUUUCUUCUUGGUUUCUUUCUACUUCUCCCAUGGUGCCUUUGUUGUAUCCCGUUCUACAUGGAUAAUUGUCGGGAUGUCGUUCAUUCAUGUCCAUCUUGCAAGCGGGCCCUUGGACGUUUUACUAGGAUAUAAAAACAUUGUGAUCGAUAUUCCUGAAUAUAUGCAC